AUGCGAUGCACAGAGAAGUUGAUCUGGGUUCUGUCCCUCUUGGCCUCACCAUCCCUGUCGCAUGCCCACAAUGACGCUGCAGAUGUCUCCCCAAAAAAUGCCAACCACAUCUUCAACGCCAUCCAUUCAGCUCUAAGACAUUGGGAAUCAGGCAUCAAUCACAAUGGAGUUUCGUUUUUCCUCGCAAGUGUCCCAAACGGAACUCAAUUUUACCACGGCACCAAUUCGUCACAGCCGGAAUGGCUAGCCUUUGUCCCCGAGCAUGCAUUAGGAUUCGCUCAUCGCGGUGAGUGGCAAAGACCACACGACGGAAGGAAGCGAUCAGCCACUUUCGAGGCGCAGCAACCUCUCGAUCCAGUCGUGGGCAGCCAGGACCAUAUAGAUGGAACUAUCGAUGGGGCGUCAGACCCCAGCCGCCACGGAUACCUACACAUCUACGCCGCAGCAAAGGAUCUGCGAUUACUCUACGUGGACGGCAUGUCGGCCGGUCCUCGUGGAUCAAUGGAGUCUCAGGAUCGGAUAUUGUUCAAUGAUACCAUUGGACAUCCGAAACCGGGGCCGAAACCACCCCUUGGUGGACCGCCUCGCGAGCAAGAACGUGCCAUUGAAGCUUGCCGGAUGGUGAAGGAGGUAUGGGGAGAGAGGAUUGAUGGUCUUGUUCGGACAGAGCAAGGCUUUGAGAUUAUCCUUUGCGAGUUUAAGCGAGAUCUUAAUGUCGUUCAUAUCUCGCAGACAAAACCGCAGGAUAAGACUGACUCUGAUGACGAGACAAAAUACAAAUCGCAGAGGAAAGCCGAAAACCAGGCCGAUACCGACGGAGAGGGAAGGCGCAAACAGGAUACCAACUCUAAGUCUGAUAGCCAUCGCGGCCCUCGUGACCCUCAUGGUCCUCAUGAUCCUCAUGGUCCUCAUGGUCCUGAUGGUCCUGAUGGUCCUCAUGGUCCUGAUGGUCCUGAUGGUCCUGAUGGUCCUGAUGGUUCUGAUGGUCCUGAUGGUCCUGAUGGUCCUCAAGGCGACUGUUAUUCACUGGCGACACGACAUGAUCAGCUCAUCGGGCACAAAGUGCGUUUGGAUUUCGAUCAAUUUGUCACUGCUUAUACCUACGAUCUCGACCUGUUCCCUGACAAUGCAACACAACCGAUGUUGGAACAUAUCCCCACGGAACAGCUGGAGCCAAUCCGAAAGGAUAUCAGUCACAUGAUUAAUACUAUGGAACCGUCUCUCCAUGCCUUUGAUUGGCAGGCUGUUGCUGAUAUGAUUGUUACACGGUAUUCGGAUGAGUUGGAUACUCUUGCUAAGGGCCAUUUCGCAUCUGUCACUAUUCUCCAGGAGAGGCUUGAAAAGCUUCUUGAGCCUUUCCUUGAUUAUAGAGAUUUUAAUGCUAGUGAUGCUGUUGUUGACCGCUGCCAAAAUGAGUUUAUUCCCCAUUCGGCUCCGAACGCAGACUUCUUAAUUGCAUAG